GGAAUCCAAGGCUCGAAGAGGGGGUCUCAAACCGGAACACGUUCUACCAACCAUAUCAAACUAUGAUCCAACUGUGAUAAUGCCAGAAUUUUCUGUUCUGCUGAUGCAAAGAGUAUCCUGAGAGUAUCUCAGCUCGUGUGAGCGACGAGUGGCUUCUGCGGGCAUCUGCGAGGUCGAGCUGGGUGGCAAGCGGUGGCAAGGCAAGGGGAACCGCAACUGAUGGCGGAGUAGCACGUGUUGAAUGACAUGCUGAAGUGUUUUAUCAUCACAGACAAAUUUGUGGGAGUGAACGUAAGACGUCAUUUAAUUGCAGGAUUUCAACUUAAGGCAGUAGCGUAAAUAUAUCAGCAUGCCAAAGUCAAAAAGGGAUAAGAAGAUUUCUUUGACAAAGACCAAGAAGAAAGAUCUACAAUUCAAACAGCAGUUAAUGGAUGAAAUUCGACGUUGUGUGGAGAACUUUUCAAAUAUAUUUGUAUUUUCUGUCAAAAAUAUGCGCAAUGCCAAAUUGAAGGAAUUGCGCAGUGAGUGGAGGCACAGUAGGUUCUUCUUCGGAAAGAAUAAAGUUAUGGCUCUAGGAUUGGGAUUGACAGCAGAGACAGAAGUGCAAGAUAACUUGCACAAGUUAGCCAAGCAAUUGACUGGGCAAUGUGGACUACUUUUCACAAAUAAAGAGAGAGAUGAAGUUCUCGAAUGGUUUGAUAACUAUAGUGAAACUGACUAUGCUCGCACUGGAUGUGUGGCUACAAAGACUGUAGUGCUGCCUGCAGGGCCCUUAGAACAAUUUCCACACUCAAUGGAACCUCAGCUUCGUCAAUUAGGCCUUCCAACUAGCCUUACUCGAGGUGUUGUUACUCUUAUUGAAGAUACAGUUGUGUGCCAGGAAGGAAAGCCUUUGAAGUCUGAACAGGCUCGAAUGCUUAAGUUACUGGGAAAUCAAAUGGCUGCAUUUCGGCUAAUCAUGAAAUGUAUAUGGUCUAAAGGAGGCACUUUUGAAAAGUUUUCUCGCAAGCGAGGUUUGCAGGAUGUAGUAAUGGAACAGGUGGAACAAAAUAAUGGAAGUAAUGAGGAAGAGGAGAAAGUUGAUGAAGAUGAAGAUGAAAAUGGAAAUGACACUGAUAAUGUGGACGAGGACGAUAACUGAUGUGGUUUGAAUGUUUAGCUAAUAUUUGCCCUGUGGUGUAUAUAUAUAAAUGUGUGUGUAAUCUGACUGUGUUUUAAAAUAAAUACAUGUAUUAUUUACCUCUUAUUUGUUGGGGUAUAUUGAUCUUUGUAUUAAAUUUUUAAGGAGUAUUCUAUAGCAAUAGAGAUGAGAGAAUGAAAUUUAACUUAUCCCAGCUGUUGCUGUUGAUUCUGAUGAGCAUUGAUGCUGAGCAUUACCAGCACAAAUUCAUAUUAAUAUGGUUUUGAAAAUUUCAUCAAAGUAGAUAAUUAUUUUAAAGUUCAGGGAUCAUUUUAAUUGAGAUGUUUAAUUCCUGACCAGUGGAGUGACAUUCCAAAGGUAGCAGCCAACCAAUUUGGUAUUAUCAGUAUUGUGAAGCUACAUAUUAAUUUAGCAACUGGCAUUCUUCACUCGACUGGUUAGUGUCCAUGAGUAAUUGCAGAUAAUUCUCUCUCCAAGACGAGUAAUUGACAUGCAUUAAACACUGCCAUUUAUCAGGACACUGCCUGUGUGUAUUUGAUGUGUCAAUAUAGGCAGUAAAAUUGUGAAUGUAAUGAUGUGCAUUUAAGUUGGUCUAACACAUCACCAGGUGUAAUAGCGUUAGUACAAAUGUAAAAGACCCCUGUUAAAUUUUCAUGAAGUAAAUUACAAAUUCACUGUUGGUGGAAUUUUUAUUUAUGUGGAUCACCUCCAUCCCUGAUAAGUGAUUGCUGAAUUCUAAUUUAUUGGAUCUUGAAACUUUUUAUAGAUUUCACAUUAAGUUGCAAUUAAUGCUUAGUUUCUCAAAUUAUCCUCAAUGUUCUUUACUCAAUGCUGAACAGGGAUAAUGGAAUUUUUAGCAAACGAAUCAAAAAUUUCUUGAAUUGAGAAACGUUAGAUUUGUAUUAAAUUUGAGCAAGUGGAGAAGUUAAUUCUGUUUUCUAGUCUCUAAGAUCUCAUUGUAAUCCUUUUUAAGUUAUAUUGGUCUAUUUGUAAUGUUUGAUAAAUUCUAGUAUAGGCAGUGAAAUUUGUUUUUAAUCGUGUAAUUUCAUUAGCUUUAUUUUAGUGCUAUCGGUAAUUACUGUGAGAAGUUCAUAUCAAGAAAGUUAUGUAAGUUUUCCCUGCUAUCAAGAUGCUGGUUCAUUCAGGUGGAUAAAAUAGUGAACUUGUUUUAAGAAUGCAUAAAAAGAAAGGUUUAUGAAGAUGUUUUGGAUUCUUAGCAUUUGUCCUUUGCACAUUACCUGACCAAUUUAUUGUGCAAUAUACAUUUUUCAUGUUAAUAUUGAAGCAGAUCCAUAGUUCAUGAAGGCUAUGUAUUUUCAAUUGUAAAAUGUACAGAAAAAUCAAAUAAAUUGUACAUUUGUCAAAAAAUUGUGUAGGACAGCACUUUUUUGUAAUUGAUUUGAACGUGUGAGGAAUUACAGGGAAUUGAGAUGUAAUGUAGAGCAACAAAGUUGAGACAAUAAGAUUGCAAUAUUUAGGCUCAAUAUAAAAAUAUAUAUUUGCUUUGUUUGAUUGCAAAACAUAACAUUCAUAUAACCCUCUGAAUUUCCACAGACAAUUCACUUAAAUAUCUUACAAGUUAAUGUAAACACCCUGAGCAAUAUACUGCACAUUUGCGGUUUUGUUAAACAAAAUCUUCCACCAUACAUUUGAUUUGUAUGUUAAUGUAUUUUACAUCUUUGGUUACAAUUUUGGUAUGUAUUAGAGCAUUGCUCAUCUAAUAACGAUGCAUGUUCAACUCAUACAUGCUUUAUAUGUACUUUAAAUUAACAUUUCUACAAGUUCUAUUUCACUGAACUGAAAAAUUAACUUAAUGAAAAUUAAAUUUAACCACAUAGCAAUAGACCAGUAAACAUAAAUAAUUGAAGACCUUUUCGGUCUAAAAGAAAAAGUAAAGAACCUAUGAGAAUAUUUUGGGAGAAAAUGGGCAAACCCAUUAUAUCUUCAGAAGACAUUUUUUAAGGCAGGAGUUAUCUGGACGGAUUUCUUCAUAGGCAGCUUUAAGAAGUGAUUGCUGCUUAUUACCAAAGGCACUGGGUAUGAAAGACUAGCCUGGCUCAUCUCCACAAACCUUGACAGAAUAUUAACAUGGUCCUUCUCACUUCCAUCUCAGCAUUGCCAUUUGUUUUUCUUUUUUUGGUGUAUCUCAUUUGUGUGCAUUAAACUAUUCCAACCUCUAAGAGGUUUCCUUCUCUGAUAUUACAGGCCCAUUUCGUUGCAUUCUUGUGCAUAGUAUGUUACCAUUCCAAAUGUCCUUUCACUUGGCGUUGACCAAUGGUUGGCUUGCUCGUAACCUCAGCCGACUGGGGGAACAGUUGGCUUCAUCGGUCUCAUCCCCACAAUCAUCUGCUCCAUCACAAACUGCAGCUUUCUUCACACAGCGUCCAUUCCUGCACAGUGACACAAAAUGUCACUAGUGCACGACUGAUAACCCAUCACCAACAAAAUUUUAAGAUACAAAACUUGUAGUAGAAUAAAUGUGUAAAGAAAUGUAACAAAACAUGGGAAGGUAGUGGGAUAAAGAAGUAAGAAUUCUCUGAAAUUUUGAAUUACAAAAUUCUGUAAAUUAUACUUCAUUGCUGAACUGCGAAGGUAUUAAUUUUAAUUUGAAUAGAUAUAUUAAAUAAGUAGGAGAUGUAUUCACAAAGUCGGCAAAUAAAUUUAUUUCAAUAUUGUUGUAGCAAAACCACACUUUUAUAAAUGCAAAGGAAAUCAAAAUUCUUGCAAGGAAGUUGCAUAGUGUUGAAAAAAUUUCUUUCGCUCCAAAUCUAAUGAUAAUAUGAAAACUGUAGGAAGAGGAAGAAAGCAUGAAGCAAAACGGGAAGAAAAACAAAUUCUUUUGAAAAGCAGUUUUGAUGACUUCAAAUGGGAGAGAGUUUUGUGUAUUGCCUGUGUUAUGAAGCAGGUAUGAUACUCCGCGAGUUCUCACUUUUUCCUGUUCAAUGGUUCAUAACAUUUGACGUACCCUUUUUUCUUCCAAUUGACUCUAAUCUUAUUAUUUUAAUAAAUGAUCACUUGUGCUAAAUUCACCUUGUUGUGUAUAAUUUAAGUAAAACUUAAAAAUGCUUUGCAUCUUAAUGUUCAUCACUAUAUCUAAGAAAAUCUAUUUCAGCAGAGUGCCU